AGAACUUUCCAAUGUACAGGAUAUCCAGAUUGUAACAUGACUUUCACAAGAUCUGAGCAUUUGGCAAGACAUAUACGAAAGCAUACUGGUGAAAGACCUUUUGAAUGUGUUCAUUGUUCAAGAAAGUUUUCAAGAUUGGAUAACCUAAGGCAACAUAAACAGACG